CCCCCCAGGCACCAUGCCCCCCCCCCGCCCGCCCCUUGCGCAGCGCCGCCCUCCUCCUCUCCAUCACCCUCCUGGCCCAAAGCCGCCCCCACCCCUCCCCUCGCCUCCCCGGCCCCUUUUUCCCCCCUCCCCAAAUCCCUUCCUCCUCCUCCUCCUCCUCCUCCUCUUCCUCGCCGCCGGACGAAGUCCUGAAGGAGCUGGAGGAGCUGGGGAGGCUGCGAGCGGAGGCCAAGCGGGACCGGGAGCGAGGAGGAGGAGGAGGAGGAGGAGGCCGAAGCUGGGCCAGCGCCCGGCAGCUGCGGCAGCAGCAGAGCCUGGAGCAGCGGCUGCUGGAGCGGCGCUACCAGGAGCUGGCCGAGAGCCGGCGGCAAGCCCAGGCCGCCCGCAAGGCCGCCGCCGAGGAGGAGCGCCUGGCCGACCUGGCCUCCGACCUCCUGCUGCGCUACCUCCUCCACGGGCCCGCCGCGGCCGCCCAGGAUAAGAGGUCGGAGGAGGAGGAGGAGGAGGAGGAGGAGGAGGAGGAAGCCGGGGAGGUGGGAGAGGUUGGGGGAGAAGCGGGGAGAGGGGGGGAGAGGGGCGGCGUGGGGAGGGUGAGCGCUGGAGGCAAGGCGAUCUCCAUGGGCAAGGCGAUCCCUGUGGCUAAAGGGUUCUCCAUGGGCAAGAAGAUCCCGAUGGGCGAGGAGAUCCCCGUGGGCAAAAUGAUCCCCAUGGGCAGGAAGAUCCCGAUGGGCGAGGAGAUCCCCGUGGGCAAGAUGAUCCCCAUGGACAAAGAGAUCCCCAUGGGCAAGGAGAUCCCCGUAGGCAAUGGGUUCCUCAUGGACAACGAGAUCCCCAUGGACAAUGAGAUCCCCAUGGCCAAUGAGAUCCCCAUGGCCAAUGAGAUCCCCAUGGCCAACGAGAUCCCCAUGACCAACGAGAUCCCCAUGGCCAACGAGAUCCCCAUGGCCAACGAGAUCCCCAUGACCAAUGAGAUCCCCAUGGCCAACGAAGUCCCCAUGGCCAACGAGAUCCCCAUGGCCAACGAGGUCUUCAUGGGCAAGAAGAUCCCGGUGGGCAACAGGAUCUUCAUGGGCAAGAAGAUCCCAACGGCCAACGAGGUCGCCAUGGCCAACGAGAUCUCCGUGCGCGGCGACGUCCCCGGGCGCGGCAGGAUGCCGACGCGCGGCAGCGUCCCCACGCGUGGCGACGUCUCCAUGCGGGGCGGGGUGCCGACGCGCGGCGACGUCACCUCCCUGCGUGGCGACAUCCCCGACCGCGGCGAUGACGCCGACCGCAAUGACGUCUUCAACGGCGAUGACGCCGGCGACGACGCCCCCUUCCGUGCCAACGUCCCCAACCGCGGCGACGUCCCCAACCGCGGCGACGUCCCCAACCGCGGCGACGUCCCCAACCGCGCCGCCGUCAACCGCGCCGCCGCCUUCAGCCGUGUCCCCACCGGCGAAGACGCCCCCGGCCGCGCCGCUGUCCCCCCGCUGGCCCAGGAGCUGGCGGAGGCGGUGCGGCCGGCGGACGAGGAGGAGGAGGAGGAGGAGGAUGAGGAGGCGGCGCCGGACGCGCCGCUGGACCCCGGCACCAUCGACCAACUGAUCGAGCUCUCCAGCCGCCUGCACCUGCCGGCCGACGACGUGGUCGACAUCAUCCGCGACGUGGAGCAGAAGCGCAAGGAGGAGGCGGCGGCGGCCAUGGCGGUGGCGGGGGGGGCCCUGGGAUUGGGCCCCCCCGACGAUGACGUCACCGACGACAGCGAUGACGUCGCCCCCGCCAAAAGCCGGCACCGCGGCGCUGGGGGCGGCGGCGGGGGGGGCGCGCCAAC